GAAGUUGAGGAGGGGGAGACGCAAUUGAACGUCCUCUUGCAGCACUGUAUCGCUCGAAAGCGUCAGAUGGAGGAGGUGCAGCGCUUCGCUACCAUUCGUCGCCAGCAAAAGCAGCUAGAGGAAGACCGACAGCGGAAGUUAGUCCACGACUGGCUCGUGCUUUGUGUUAGAAAUCGC